AUGUCUCGCGCACUCGGUGUCAUCGCCCUCGGCGCUGCUGUCAAGGUUGCCCUCGCCGGCACCCUUGAAACCUGCUCUUCCAGCUCCCCUUUGAGUUGCAGCAGCAGCAAGUCGGCCUCUUGCUGCUACGAGUCUCCCGGUGGUCUUUUGCUCCAGACCCAGUUCUGGGACUAUAGCCCUUCCAUCGGUCCUUCUGACUCUUGGGGUAUCCACGGACUCUGGCCCGAUAACUGCGAUGGCUCCUACGAUGAGAGCUGCGACUCCUCACGUGCAUACAAGGACAUCACCACCUUGAUCCAGAACGCAGGUAAAACCGACCUGCUGGAUUACAUGGACACCUACUGGCAGAGCAACGACGAGUCCACCGAGGCCUUCUGGGAGCACGAGUGGUCUACCCACGGCACUUGCGUCAACACCAUAAAACCGUCUUGCUACACUAACUACUCGACUGGUGAUGAAGCGGUGGACUUUUUCCAGCAGGUUGUGGAUCUGUUCAAGACGCUGGAUACUUACUCUGCUCUCUCAGCUGCUGGCAUCACCCCAGAUGACAGCGCGACUUAUGCCCUGAGCGAUAUUCAGGAUGCUGCCGCUGCCAUCCACGGUGGCAAGGUUCCCUACUUUGGUUGCUCCAGCGGCGCUCUGUCGUCUGUUUACUACUAUUUCUACCUUUCUGGAAACGCUAUCAAUGGAACUUAUAGUCCUACUGACUCUCCCAACAGCUCCAACUGCCCCGAUACUGUCUCGUAUCCUCCCAAGUCUGGUUAA